UUUGCUGUGCUCAGUGCAGGACGCAGGAAGACAGUCGCUCUCCAAGGUGCUGGAAGUCGGAGCGCUUCCUUCUCUGCUGAUGAUGAAUGCGACCUCUGCUGAAAAACUGAAAUUCAGAUAAUGCCUGACUUCAGUCCCGAUUGGUUUGAUUUUUUAUACUCUUUAACUUCUACUCACCCGAAUUUCCAUUUAUUGUCACGCAACCGCUGGAUGUAUACGCACGUAUGUGCAACUAGACUGGCUGCCGCUUUCUGAUGUUCACCUGCGUCGUUUGGAAAUAAAUUGAUUCCGGAUUCUCAAGGAACGAUGUAGAGGAUUUUUUUCUUUUACUGUUUUUUCUCAGUCUCUCUGUCAAAAUACUGCAUGCCUUUGGACGUAAACUGUGAUAUUGUCUCAGAAAAAAAAAGGUGAGUCCGAGGAGGAUAACCAUGAAGCAGACCUACUUCUAUGUGGAUUUCAUUUUUCUCCGCACUGGAAAGGGGGAACCAUAUCAGCAAAAGGCUGAUGUUUAUUAGCUUUUAAAGCCACCAUCACGACCGAGAGGGAGGAUUAUAGUGUCUGCUGGAGUCUGGUGAAUUUACCCGCUGGAUAAAGUGAAGUUCCCAUUGUAGGCUAGACGACUGUAUAUCUUUAAUCUGCUAUAGAACUCGGUGUGUUGGACUCUCUGGAUACGCAAUAAGUGGAUAUCGAGCAGUUUUCAACGCGCCCUUUCGUCGUGUGAAGAUGACUAUGGUGAUGGUAAUUGAAGCGCAGGACGGAUCCGGAGAGGAUACCAGGAGCUUAGGGAUGACAUACACACACUUUCGUUGAAUGUGGGUAUCGAUGCCGCGGCGAAGGAUGGGAAGGAUGGGCCCUCUCCUCCUCUCGGCCGCCUGCGUCCUUCUGCUUGCCCCGAGCGCCGUGCGCCCGGCCUCGGUGGGUAACCCCGAGGAUUACGCCGCGGACGAGGCUGAGCGGACGGCCAGUGAAAACAUCGUGUUCGAUGACUACCGGGGGAAAGGAUGCGUGGACGACAGUGGCUUCGUGUACAAACUCGGGGAGCGCUUCUACCCGGGACACUCGAACUGUCCGUGCGAGUGCACGGAGGACGGGCCCGUGUGCGACCAGCCCGAGUGCCCCAAACUGCACCCCAAGUGCACCAAAGUGGAGCACAAUGGGUGCUGCCCCGAGUGCAAGGAGGUUAAAAACUUUUGCGAGUACAGAGGGAAAACAUACAAAAUCCUGGAGGAAUUCAAGCCGUCACCCUGUGAAUGGUGCCGCUGCGAACCAAAUAAUGAGGUGCACUGCGUGGUGUCCGACUGCGCCGUCCCAGAGUGUGUGAACCCCGUGUACGAGCCGGAGCAAUGCUGCCCCAUCUGUAAAAACGGUCCAAAUUGCUUCGCUGGAACGACGAUCAUCCCAGCUGGGAUUGAAGUGAAGGUGGACGACUGCACCAUAUGCCGCUGCCACAACGGGGACUGGUGGAAGCCGGCGCAGUGCUUGCGGCGGGAAUGCCUCAACGGCCAGUCAUUGUCAUAGAGAGACUCCACCCGGGACGGUGGGAAAGCUCAGGCAAGGCCCUGCCUACUGCACCAUUUUGUAUGAUUGACAGGGCAGGAGCACAAUUCCUAAGUAACCUGAGACAGCAUAGUAUCGAGGAGAUGUUCUCACAAGCGUCACACAAAUACAAAUAUUUGCCACUGGGAAGAAGACAGAACUUGUCUCAUGGCUGUUUCCACCCUCCAGUUUCACCGUCCUAUGUAUUUUCAGAAACUGACUUGGCUUGAUUUGCUGCUCUCACACACAAAAAAAAGUUUCUAAGCUCUUUGAACUCUUUUCCUAAACCAUCUGCAAUGAUGUAUUGCAUAAUGUUGAUUUCUGUAUGUACGUCAUCUGCUUGUUGUACUUGUCUUUCACAAUCAUGCAGGUGUUGUGAAGUUUCAACAGCAGGAAAAAACAAACUGUAAGCACACUUAGUGGCGCUUUUUUUUUUUGUUUGUUUGUUCAUAAGAGGAUUGACAUGGCACUGCAAGUGUGCUUGAGUUUCACAACUUCACUCGAAGAGCUUGUUUACAAGAUGCACAUCACACAUAAAUGUUUGUGUCUUCAUAAGACUUUUUAUUGCUAUGGCAGGAUCUCACCUCUAACACUUAGAUGAUGCUACUGUCGAUUUUAUACACUUCUGUAAAAAAAAAAUACCAAAACACAGAUUUCAUUAUCAAGAGUUUGGAGUCAUGUCUCUGUAUGAUAACAGCGCAGACAGCGUUCUGUAAAGUUAGCUGAAUGCAAGGGAGGGUCGUUGAGUGCAAAUAUUAAGAAGGGUAAAUGUUAAAUUCUGCAACACUGCAGCAAAACAACUCUGAGCAGCCUCUCUCCGACUUAAUAGUCAUUAUUGUUGUUGUCUCUCAGAGGUCCAUAUCCCCCAGAAAUAUUCCCACUAAAUAACUGCUUGAACGUGUUAUCAAGGCAAUUAGUGAGCCAAGAGCAGGCUGCUUUACUUUCCCUUAAUCAAGGAGUAUUCUGAGAUAAAUCAUCCAGCCGGAUGCUUGGCACUGCUGCAGCCUGCAUGCUGGGCACACUCGGAAAGAAUCAGCAGACAAAAAAAAGAGGGAAUCUGCAUCUGCCUUAGCAGCAUUCAUGUGCACAUUGUCCAUGUGAGCAUACACAAGCACACCAUUCAUCCACAGUCUUAUUUCAAAAGUAUGUGGAGCUGCACUCUGUGAAGCACUUGAACCUAUAAGGCUUGUUAAUAUACAAGGCUGUUACAUUAUCCCACUGCUAUAGAUUAUGUAAUAGAUUUACAAUACCUCCCCUCCCUAUACUGUUGGAACAUCUCCACGCUGUGGCUGCUGUGGCUAUAAUAAAGAGACAGGCUAAUGUAUUGCUGUGAUAUUUUGUAAGACCAGAGUCGUCCUCAAGUGGUCCAGCCUGUAAGAAAAAGCACCCAACCCAUGCCCAAAUCAGGAUAUUUUUUUACAUGAUAAAUACUGGUCAUUACUACAAAGGUGAAUUCCAGUAAGCUUGUGCCAUUCAUCACUAGAAUUUUUUCCAUUUCCAGAAAAUCCGUUCCCGUUAACCUUUUAGACCCUAUUCCUGGGCGGUGAUGGAUGGUCUGCUUAAUAGCUGCCACCAGCUCUCUGUAAUGAGACAGAAACGAACACGGGAUAGAGACCAAUGACUAAAGAGGUGUUUUACCUUAAAACCACUAAAUUUGGAAAGAAUCCCAUGGCGCUCCAUAGUCUUAAAGGUGCAGCGCAUGGGUAACGGAUGAGGAUCACAGGAUUGAAAGAGUGUGGGCGGACUUCAAUUUUAGGUGCAACAAUGGAGCUUAGGUCAUUUUCAUCAUUAAGCUACAGUGAUUUAGUGUCUUUCAAUGGGAAAUGACAGACCUCAUCUAUCUGGCUUGAGGUCUGCAGUCUCAUAAAGCAAAACUGACAUCCAUGGUUUAUCAAUCUCAGCCUCAGCGCUCCAGACAUUUUAGGAUUAAUAAAAGGAGCUUCAUUCAUCUCAAUUACUUUAAAUGCCAAAUAAUUAUUCAUCCUAUAUGUGUAUCUGAAAACAUGUUGGACUUACUUUUCUGGGUAGCAACAGAGAGUAACUGAGGUGAGUGUGAGUGUGCCAGUCGACUGGGUUUAGAGGCAUUGCUGCCACCAACGAUGCCUUAUUGCUUCUGUUCCAGGCAAGAUUCACAAAGCGUGGCCUCUGGCCUCAAACAGUAUGAACAGCCAAGACUGCUUCAAGUGCUUAUUUGUUUGCACUCAUGGUGCAAUGGUUUACCGUUAUGUUUUUCACCAAAGCUAACUAUUGAUUUACCCUCUGAUAUUCCAGCAGGGUCAGGUUUCUUUAUUCCUGUGGUGGCCAUUCCUCUGGCAUCACAAUCAGGAUGGAAGGCUCAAACCCUGUUAAUAUCCUGCUGGGCUCCAAGGUUUCUAAAUGUAAUCUUGGUAAUCUACGAAUCCAUUAGCACAUUUACUACCUUAUAGGAGCCUUGUAAAAGACAUUGAUCAGCAUUGUAAAAGGUGUGAUGUCAGAGGAAUAUGUCCACCAGUUGAAUGCUGGUUCUAGGAGUACAAACAGUUCAAUCAAAGCUUAAACAAUGUGAAAUUAAUUUACAGAUUGCCCUUAAAAAUGUGUGUCUGCGCAUGUGUGUGUG